UCCCCCCGCCUGUCUUCUCCCGCAGCCGCCUUCUGCAGGCCGUUUCCACCAAGGAACGUAUGUCUGCUAUUCAGAACCUCCACUCUUUCGACCCCUUUGCUGAUGCAAGUAAGGGUGAUGACCUGCUUCCUGCUGGCACUGAGGAAUAUAUCCAUAUAAGAAUUCAACAGAGAAACGGCAGGAAGACCCUUACCACUGUCCAAGAGAUCGCUGAUGAUUACGAUAAAAAGAAACUAGUGAAGGCGUUUAAGAAGAAAUUUGCCUGCAAUGGUACUGUAAUUGAGCAUCCAGAAUAUGGAGAAGUAAUUCAGCUACAGGGUGACCAGCGCAAGAACAUAUGCCAGUUCCUAAUAGAGAUUGGACUGGCUAAGGAUGAUCAGCUGAAGGUUCAUGGGUUUUAAGUGCUUGUGACUCUGAAGCUUAAGUGAGGAUUUCCUUGCAAUGAGUAGAAUUUCCCUUCUGUCCCUAGUCACAAGUUUAAAAACCUCACAGCUUGUAUAAUGUAACCAUUUGGGGUCCGCUUUUAACUUGGACUAGUGUAACUCCUUCAUGCAAUAAACUGAAAAGAGUCAAAAAAAAAAAACCCUACAGAUAUGAAUCACAGGGAGUAAUUUGAGUCAAUGUCCUGGGACUCCGCAGACUCUUUCCUGGCCCAAGGUCUACAGCUGCUGCUCCUAUCUACUGUGCUUUCAUCACGGCACCUGACACAGAUGAGGCCCCCUGAGCACUCCUCAUCCUUGGUCUCACCUGUGCUUCCCCAGAGCUGCACACUUCUCAAUCUAUACCACAAAGGGCGCCAACUGAAGCCUCCCACAACAUUCUUUCUCUCUUUCUACAACUCCACUGUUAUUUCUGCAUCUUUCCCACCUCCCAGUCAUAAUCUAACCUUAUUUGUAAUCCUUUUCAAAAGUCAAUACUGAAUGACAACCUUCAUUUUCCACACUAUCUCUCCAGAACCACUAAAACUGGUUUUCAUUACAUCACUUUUCUGAAAUCAGACUUUCAAAGUAUAAAGCAUUUUCUCAAUUCUUUAUGUGAGUUUUGAGGUCCUGAGUGAUGAAUCAGAAAUCUGCUAAUGUCGAUGUGCUUCUAUGGGAAACUAGUUAAGUACACUCAAAUAAAUAUAUUUGAGCUAAUUCAGUAUUUCCAAUGGCUUUCUAUGCGACAAGAUUUUUUCCACUUUUGAUAUUUCUUCAUGAUGGGCACUUAUCAUCAACAUUAUUAAACACAUCCAACUUUCUCAGACGCAAACAUUACAUACUACAGUCCUGCUACUGUAGUUUUCUUUUGUAGACUACAAUGCUUCCUCAGCUGUGGUCAAUAAAACAGAAUUUUAUUUCCUUUUUU